GGUCACGUGACGUCGCAGUGAGGUUGAAAGGUUCCUGAGGUUCGGAGAAACGUAAACAAUCCUUGGUUCUGUGCUCAGAUGUCUCGGUUCCUGGAUUUGGCCGAGUUUGGAGAAGCUGCUCGCUUCAUUCGUCUCACCAACCUGGAGCAGCUGGCGGCGAUGGCCCAGGCCUUCGAUGGUACGAAGCGUGUUUGGAUGCCUGACGAGACUGAAGCGUAUAUUGAAGUGGAGCUGAAAGAAGUGAAUGGAGACAAGUCCACUGUGGAGACCAAGGACGGACGGUUUCUGAUUGUGAAAGGAGACGACCUCCAGCCCAUGAACCCCUCGAGGUUCGACAUGUUGGAGGACAUGGCCAUGUUGACUCACCUGAACGAGGCGUCCGUCCUUUUCAACCUGAGGAGACGAUACAGCAUGUGGAUGAUCUACACCUACUCGGGGCUGUUCUGUGUCACAGUCAAUCCUUACAAGUGGCUGCCGGUUUACUCUCGUGAGGUGGUAGCGGCCUAUAAAGGGAGGCGGCGCACAGAGACUCCGCCCCACAUCUACGCCAUCGCCGACAACGCCUACAUCGACCUGCUGCAGAAUCGAGAGAACCAGUCGAUGCUCAUCACAGGUGAGUCUGGUGCAGGGAAAACCGUCAACACUAAGAGAGUGAUUCAGUAUUUCGCCAUCGUCGCUGCUCUUGGAGAAAAUGUGAAGAAAGGAGGAUCUUUGGAGGACCAGAUCAUUGAAGCUAAUCCGGCUAUGGAGGCGUUCGGCAACGCAAAAACCAUCCGCAACGACAACUCCUCUCGUUUUGGAAAGUUCAUCAGGAUUCACUUCGGGACCACAGGGAAGCUGGCGUCAGCCGACAUCGACAUUUAUCUUCUGGAAAAAUCUAGAGUUGUGUUCCAGCAGCCCGGAGAGAGGAGCUACCACAUCUACUACCAGAUCAUGUCCAAUCACAAACCAGAGCUACAAGACAUGUUGCUGGUGAGCACCAACCCCUACGACUACCACUUCUGCUGCCAGGGUGAGACCAAGGUGGAGAGCAUCAACGACGGGGAGGAGCUGAAGCUCACUGACCACGCCAUGGACACGCUGGGCUUCACUCCCGAAGAGAAGUACGGCUGCUACAAGAUCGUUGGCGCCAUCAUGCACUUCGGUAACAUGAAGUUCAAGAAGAAACAGCGAGAGGAGCAGGCCGAGGCCGACGGCACCGAGAGUGAGGAUAAGGCAGCCUAUCUGAUGGGCAUCAGCUCUGCUGACCUGCUGAAAGGCCUCCUGAACCCCCGCGUCAAGGUCGGAAACGAGUUCAUUGUGAAAGGACAAACUGUGGAACAGGUUAACUUUGCAGUUGCAGCCCUGGCUAAAGCCACCUACGACCGUAUGUUUAAGUGGUUGGUGAGUCGUAUCAACUCGUCCUUAUACACCGCGCUGCCUCGUCAGUACUUCAUCGGAGUCCUCGACAUCGCCGGCUUCGAGAUCUUUGAGUUCAACAACUUUGAGCAGCUGUGCAUCAACUUCACCAACGAGAGGCUGCAGCAGUACUUCAACCACCACAUGUUCAUCCAGGAGCAGGAGGAAUACAAGAUUGAGGGGAUAGAGUGGACCUUCAUCGACUUCGGUCUGGACUUACAGGCCUGCAUAGACCUCAUAGAGAAACCCAUGGGUAUUCUGUCCAUCAUGGAGGAGGAGUGUAUGUUCCCCAAGGCCACGGACCAGAGCUUUAAAACCAAACUCUAUGACAACCAUCUGGGGAAGUCGCCCAACUUCCUGAGGCCGAGGAUGGACAAGAAGCGCAAAUAUGAGUCGCACUUCGAGUUGGUUCACUAUGCUGGCGUGGUGCCGUACAACAUCACAGGCUGGCUGGAUAAAAACAGAGAUCCUCUGAAUGAGACGGUGGUGGUCCUGUUCCAGAAAUCCUCCAACAAACUGAUGGCUGGACUUUUUGAGAACUACAUCACCACUGAGAUGGCCAGUGAUCCGAAGGCUGAAACUAGACACAGGAAGAAGAAAGCAGCUUCCUUCCAAACAGUUUCACAGUUACACAAGGAGAAUCUUAAGAAGCUGAUGGCGAACCUCCGCAGCACUCAGCCUCACUUCGUCCGCUGCAUCAUCCCCAACGAGACCAAGACUCCAGGUGUGAUGGAUCCUUUCCGGGUCCUCCACCAGCUGAGGUGUAACGGAGUCCUCGAAGGGAUCAGGAUUUGCAGGAAGGGCUUUCCGAACCGCAUCCUUUACGCUGAGUUCAGACAGCGUUACCGCAUUUUGAAUCCCUCUGCGAUUCCGGAGGAUUCCUUCGUGGACAGCAGGAAGGCCGUGGAGAAGCUGCUGGGCUCCCUGAACAUCGACCACACCCAGUACAAGUUCGGACACACUAAGGUAUUCUUUAAGGCCGGUCUGUUGGGUCUGCUGGAGGACAUGAGGGACACUCGUCUGUCUGAGAUCCUCACCAUCGUCCAGGCCAUGUGCAGAGGGAAGUUGAUGAGGAAGCAACGAGAGAAGCUGAUACUGCAAAGAGAGGCUGUGAUCGUGAUCCAGUUCAACCUCAGAGCUUUCUACACAGUGCGGACUUGGCCGUGGAUGAUGCUGUUCUAUAAGAUCCGCCCCCUGCUCAGGAGCGCCCAGGUGGAGAAAGAACUCGCUGCUCUGAACGAAGACUUCACCAAACUCAAAGAGGCCUUCAACAGGUCGGAGGGGAAGCGUCAGGAGGCCGAGGAGAAGCAGGUGGAUUUGGUUCAGGAGAAAAACGACCUGUCUCUGCAGCUCCAAGCUGAGCAAGACAACCUGUUGGAUGCAGAGGACCGCUGCAAUCAGCUGAUUCAGUCCAAAAUCUCUUUGGAGUCGAAGCUGAAGGAGAUGCAGGAGCGUCUGGAGGACGAGGAGGAGUUGACCGCCACACUGACGUCCAAGAAACGCAAGCUGGAGGACGAGGCGACGUCACUGAAGAAAGACGUGGACGAUCUGGAGAUCACCCUGGCUAAAGUGGAGAAGGAGAGACAUGGACUGGAGAACAAGGUGAAGAACUUGUCCCAUGAGAUGUGUGUUCUGGACGAAUCGAUAGCGUCUCUGAGCAGAGAGAAAGCCGCCCUGCAGGAAGCUCAUCAACAGGCUCUGCACGACCUUCAGGCUCAGGAGGACAAGUGUAACAUGUUGGUCAAAGCAAAGACUCGACUCGAGCAACAAGUGGACAAUGUGGAAGGUUCCUUGGAGCAGGAGAAGAAGGUGCGGAUGGAUCUGGAACGAACCAAAAGGAAGCUGGAGGGGGAUCUGAAGCUCUCCAUGGAUUCUGUGAGGGACCUGGAGAACCAGAAGGAAGACUUGGAGGAGAGACUGAAAAAGUAA